AUGCGAGCAAAAAUCAAAGUACUGACAGCCUGGAAGAUUGGCACUGGUCCUUGUGGUACUGACUGUGACUACACUGAUAUUGAAAAAUCUACUGCUACAGUUAGACAUGAUUUGAUUAAUAAUUAUGGUUCUGAAUACCUUGGAGUAUGGCAAGGUGAAACAGGUUUAUAUGGUAUUAGUACAUCUAGGAAGUAUGUAAAUAAGACUGAUGAGGUAAACAGUCACAUCAUAGAAAAGGUACAAUUAUUGAACCGAGGUCUACAUUGGGAAAUGGAUCAGGCUGAUAUUACUGCCACAAUUUCACAAGGCACAGACUACAUGGAUAUGAAAUUUAUUGGAAAGUAUUGGGUGACCUCAACAGUUUCUCAAGAUGUAGAUCCUCAACAGGAAAUAUGGAUGCAGACAAAGAUUAGAACUGCUGUUAGGAGUGACACACAGAUGAGUAAUCGUAGUCCAGUAUUGCAAAUUAAACCAUAUCAAAGGUUUGUAACUUAG